AAAGCACUUCCGCUACUAACUUUCGUUAUUGUUAAUGACGAGUUAGAGAGUUCGACAAACUAGGUUAAACCAUGGAGGAAUCUGAAGCUAGAGUUCAUUUCAGAGUAAUUCGAUUUAUUCACGAAGCAGGGCUUCGUCUUCGUAUUGGUAGUGUAUCACUGGCAACAGCAUGUGUUGUCUACCACAAGUUCUUCAGUGAAUAUUCAGUGAAUGAUUUUGACCCAUAUCUGAUUGGGAGCACAGCUGUUUACUUGGCAGGCAAGAUAGAGGAAGAGCAUGUCAAACUGCGUGACGUAGUUAAUGUUUGUUACAAAACUCUUCAUCGUAGGAAACCCCCAUUGGAAGUAGGAGACACCUUCACAGCAUUACAUGAAAGCAUUGCAGCAUGUGAACUCUUUGUUCUUCGCUGCCUUGCUUUUAGAGUUUCCUUCAUUCACCCUCAUAAGUUUCUCCUGCACUACCUCAAAUCACUCCAGAACUGGUUUUUGCGGAAAGACUGGGAAAAUCUCCCCAUCGCUUCCACAUCUUGGGCUUUGUUAAGAGACAGUUACCAUAGCAACAUGUGUCUGAAAUAUCCCCCUGAACACAUUGCUGUGGCAGUGAUAUAUCUGGCACUGUUGUGUUAUGGAGCAGAGGUACCCUACAACAAAUAUGCGGAAACUCCAUGGUGGAAGGCUAUUUGUGACGGUGUGACAAUAGAAAAUAUCCACAGCAUCAUCACAAGUAUCACAGCCACUUACGAAAUGGAGACAACAUUUUGUAAAAGUUAAAGUGACCCUCCUGGAUCAAGAUUAUCUACUUGACAUUAGUUCUUGCAGACAGGAAUAGUGGGGUAUAACAUCUUUUUGUGUAUCCUACAACUACACAGUAACCAAAUUAUACCAGUCCAUUUAUGAUGUAGUCUUUUGUCUGACUGUACUAGUAUGAUGGGUGCAUUUAUUGUAUGUUGCCCUUAUAUGAGAGAAAAGAUGAGAAAAGAAAGCGAGAGAAUAUAGGAUAGGCGAGAGAGCAUGAAGAGAAAGCGGAGAGGAUAAAGGGAGAUAAGUCUGGUUGUGGUCCCAAUUUCAUUCACGGAACAAGGCGCCAAUAAAAAUAGUAAAAUAGUAACCUGAGCACAAGACUCUGGCUACAAUCCCUUCUCUUCUAUUCUGUUUCUCCUUUCUUUUCUCUGUGUUACUACUAGACUAAGUCUACUUUAUAUUGUGACAAAUCAGCACUUACAUUCUUACAUUCCUGACAUGAUGAAAUACCAAAACUGUCAAACGUCCAUACCCUUGGACACUGCUGCACAAAUUCUGAAAUCCUUCCUAGCUUAAUCAUCUACAUAGUAAAUUAUGAAUUUUUCUGUGUGUUAAUAACAUCAACAUUUCUUGUGUGUUUUACUUCCAGUUAUAUUUCCUUCUUUAUCUGUGUGCAUGCCCGCUUGUGUGCACACACUAAUGAAUUCAAUAGCCUGUUACACCAGUUUCUGGACUUCUCAGUCUUCUAGCCUACAAGCACAUUUUCUGUGUGUGUUUAUACGGUUGGUUUAGUUUAUUCCUUGUUACUCAUCGAGGAGCAUAGGGCUGCAAGAACACCUCGCCAGCAGACCCUGUUUUGGGCAGCACCCCUCAGUUGUUCCCAUGUGGUUCCAGCGUCCUUUGCCUCGAUCUCUACUGUUCUUUUUCUGCUUUGGUCUCCCAACUCUCCUCUUCUCCUGAAGGCUCCAGUCAAGUGCCUGCCUAGCAAUGGUGUCAGCUGGUUUGCGCAGGGUGUGUCCUAUCCAGCCUCAUUUGUGCUUUUUGAUGUCUUGGCUAGUGACAUUCUGGUUGGUUCUUUUCCACAGGCUGCUGUUGGAGAUCCCCCACCAGUUGUUGCAGUGGGAGAGGUCUCCUUUCUUUGGUAACUUGACCAGGUGGCCUAGCUUCGAGUCUGUUGGUACAAGCUCUUGUUCCCAGAUCUUGUGUAGGAGGGGCUGUAAAAUUGUUGCUGUUGUUUCUGGGUCUGCCUUUAGUGCUUCUAGGGGUAUGCCAUCCUGGCCUGCUGCUUUGCCACUUUUGAUACUUUGUUUUUAUACAGUAGAUUGAGUUUAUUGAUGUUUCUUCUGGAAUCCAAACUAAAAUUAACCUACUGUAUUUAAUCACAGCUCACUAGCACUUUGAGCAAUUUACUCCGCUCCUUUGUUCGGGUCCUAUGAAUCAAAGUACUUUCUUUCGAGGACAUCUCCACAACACAUUAAAUAUAGGUGCUUUUACUGCUGGGCAUACAGUUCAAAUAAAAAAUAUGGUUUCAUUUUUACCCUGGAUUUUGGAUACGCAAGUCAUCACCCCUCCAUGUGCCGUUACCGUGAUAUUGUAGUGUUUAUUUACUACUGCUUUUGCAAAGCUUCUGUGCUAUGCUAAGGCACUGUGUGUGUGUGUAUAUGUGUGUAUGGCCAGAUGUUUUUGCUGUUUAUAAAUAUUGGUGCCCAUGUUUGUUUUGUUAAUGUUAAUGCAUGUUUAUUUUUUAAGCCCCAGAAACGUGCCACAUAAAUCAUAUUCACAGUGACUGAUUACCUGUUUUCUUUCUUGGAUAGAUCUGACUUUGACCUUGACUUUCAUUUACAAUUUGUGAUGUAGAGGAGAAGGAAACCAGAUGUAAUAAAACUUGAUGGGAAAA